GGAAGACAGAGAAAUCGGACAAAAACCUAAACCUAAACCUUACCCUGCAAAGUGUUGAAUUUACAGUGUAGUAGUAAAGUGAGUAGAGAAAUCGAAGUUGAAAAGAUAAUAGAUAGUAACAGCAUCAUUCAUCACUCAUCAGAGAUGGCUACCGUUGAAAGUAGAAGCAAAUCAGUGGUAUUGGCUCUCUCCAAGUACCUAUCAUUGGAUCCUAGUGUUGUUCCAGCCGAUACUUCAGACAGUGAUAUUAAGAGUCUUUACCUGAACAUCAUAGCGGUAUCAGGACAUGGGGUUAAUCACUCUGAUGAGGUGUUGAAGUGGGUAGCAUUUGCAGAAGCCUUCCCUGUGGCCCUUGAUGCAUGCUUUGAGAAUCUCAAUAGAUUAAAUGAUGAACUGUCUGAAAAGUCUGUGCUUCUGGGCAAUGGAUUGAAACCCUCUGAAGCUGAUGUUAUAGUGUAUUCAGUGAUUCAUUCUUCCCUGAUCAACCUUUCAGAUACAAACAAGGAAAAACUGCCACAUGUAUUGAGAUGGAUGGAUUACAUCCAGCACAAGCAAGAAUUUGUAGGUUUAUUUGAGAAAAUAUUGUUGCAGAAGCCUGGAUUUGAGCCCCCGGUAACACAACCUGUUGGAGCUGUGGAAGCUGAUUUAAAAUCAAACAAGACUGAGCAAAGUGUAAAGAAUGUCAACAAGUCCGAAGUAGACUCAAGCAAGGAUAAAAACAAAGCUGAGGGAAAGGCAACAGGAGGAAAAUCAACUGGAGACAAAGAACCCACCAAAGCCAAGGCAAAACCUGCUGACAAAGAAGUGGCUGAGAAAGAGAACGAAGUUAGCGUCAGUUUGCUUAAUAUUCAAGUUGGAUUAAUUCGCAAAGCAUGGAAGCAUCCAUCUGCAGAUAGUUUGCUAGUUGAGGAGAUAGAUGUUGGGGAGGACAAAGUGCGGCAGGUUGUUAGUGGUUUGGCAAAGUACUGCAAUCCUGAUGAGUUGACGAAUCGUCGUGUUGUACUUAUAACAAAUGUCAAACCUGGAAAACUACGGGAUGUGAUGUCUCAAGGAUUGGUCUUAUGUGCUUCGGAUGAAGGUCCAACCAUUGUGGAGCCCUUGCUCCCUCCAGAAGGAUCACAGAUUGGGGAACGUAUUUCUUUUUCUGGGAUUGAUGGAAAGCCAGAAGAUGUACUAAACCCAAAAAAGAAACAGCUGGAUAAGAUUACACCGCAUCUUUUCACUGAUGACAAGGGGGUAGCCACAUACAAGGGAAUACCAUUUAUGACGUCUGGUGGACCAUGCACAUCAUCCAUUCCCAGAGCAACUAUUAAAUAAUGGAGAUAUGGCCCAUUCAUUGUUCUUCGCCACUCAUAGAUUUUUGGUACCACAAAAUAUUUGAAGUUUUGAUUACGUUAAUGAGACGUUACUAUCUUGUUGACAAGCUUAUGCUGCACUUGCACUUGCAUGCUCUUUAAUGCUACCAAUAUAAUCUUGAAUCCAAUGAUUCUUGAGGUAAUACCAUAGUAACUUUCUCCACAUUGUAAAAAGAACGAAAGACUUUAAAAUUAUACAACCUACCAACCAAGGGUUAUUAUGCAGGCC